UUAAUCUUUUCCUUUCCCCCCCAAUUCUCGUCCACUACGGUUGGUAUCGACAUCAUAUUAUUUCUUGCGCCGUCGCGUUGGAUCGAUCGGAUCAAUCGAUAGCGAAGAACAAAUUCCCCUCAAAUUCCGCCUCAUCCGUUCGCCUCCAAGAAACCCUAAUCUCGCAUCGAUUCCGAUACCGUGUCAGAAUUCGAUUCGUCGUCGGAGCAUCGGAAGACAGCCGCGCCCGGAGCCCUAGGUUCCGCGACUGCCGGGUUGGUUUUUGCGGUGAGGAAGGUCGAGGCGGAGAUGGUUUUCUACUUCAAGGCCCUGCCGGAGGCGGGCGAUUACACCAUCUUCAUGGGGUUGGACAAGCACGAGAAUGAGGAGCUCAUCAAGUAUGGGUUCCCGGAAGACAUCUGGUUUCAUGUGGACAAAAUGUCCUCUGCGCAUGUUUAUUUAAGAUUGAACAAGGGUCAAACUAUUGAUGAUAUAAAUGAAGGUUUGUUGGAAGACUGUGCUCAGCUCGUCAAAGCUAAUUCAAUUCAAGGCAAUAAGGUAAACAAUGUGGAUGUUGUUUAUACUCCAUGGUUUAAUUUGAAGAAGACCCCUUCUAUGGAUGUCGGUCAAGUUGGUUUCCACAAUCCUAAGAUGGUACGGACUGUGAAGGUAGAAAAGCGCAUAAAUGAGAUUGUUAACAGGUUGAACAAGACCAAAGUGGAGAGGAAGCCAGACUUGAAAGCUGAGAGAGAAGCUGUCAACGCAGUAGAAAGAGCAGAAAGGAAAGCCCAGUUAAGAGAUAAAAAAAAGAGGGAAGAAUUGGAGAGGCUGGAGAAGGAGAAACAGUCAGAGAUACGGAGCUACAAGAGCCUGAUGGUCUCAGAGAAGAUGACAUCCAACAAACAAAUUGCAUCUGCUAAUAAAUCCUUGCAAGAACUCGAAGACGACUUCAUGUGAUCAUCGCACAAGUCGAUUGAUGGUUGGUGAUGAAGUUCAAGGUUUCAAGUAUCUGCUUGAUCACCAUGGAAAGAUGGACGGAUUCACUGCAGGAUCCUCAUUCGAUCACAAAUGAUGCUCUGGUUUGUCAUUUCGUUGUGCUUCCAGUGUAGACCAUAAUGUGUGUGAUAUGGACACAAGGAAUGUGACUAUUUAAUCAGUUGUCGACAUCUAUUUUCCGUGAUAUGAAUGUCAUGUACUGCAAUCUAAUCUCAGUUUGUCUCUUAA